AGUCUUUUUUUUUCUAUCCUGGCUCCUUAGUAAUUCUUUUGCAGUGAGUUGCCGACGUUAUACUUGGAUACAAUUUUUUUAUUUCUUCUUCCUAAACUGCAUGGAUACAUAAUGGCUACGUUUGUUUGCAGAGUCCAAUUUUUAGAUGAUACUGAUCCUUUCAAUAGCACAAACUUUCCAGAACCCACCAGACCCCCUUUGUAUUCUUUUAGAGAAGAUAUUCCAAUCAUCAAUCAGAUUGUGGGAGUGCAUCGACUUCUUAAAGCACCACACAAGAUUGAUGACUGUACGUUUCAGCUGUCACAUAAUGGUACAUACUUGGAUUUAGAUUCUACAUUGGAAGAGCAAAGGGAUGAUUUAGAAGGAUUCCAAGAUGACACUGGAAGAGGCAAGAAAAACAGCAUAAUCCUCAGAACCAAGUUGUCAAUAAGAGCCCAUGCAUGCAUUGAAAAAUUGUACAGUUCAGAUGGAAGAGAACUGAGGCGAGCACUUUUUUCUCUCAAGCAAGUCUUUCAGGAUGACAAGGACUUGGUUCAUGAAUUUGUAAUGGCUGAGGGGCUGAAAUGUUUGGUAAAAGUUGGAGCAGAAUCUGAUCAAAAUUAUCAGAACUACAUUUUAAGAGCUCUAGGGCAAAUCAUGCUUUAUGUUGAUGGAAUGAACGGAAUAAUAAAUCACAAUGAAACAAUUCAGUGGUUGUACACACUUGUUGGAUCAAAGUUUCGACUGGUUGUUAAGACAGCUUUGAAGUUACUUUUGGUAUUUGUGGAAUAUACAGAAGGAAAUUCUCAUCUUUUAAUCCAGGCAGUAUUCAUUUCUGACAUGAAAAAGGGUGUUAAGCCAUGGACAAAUUUCAUGGAGAUUCUCAAAGAAAAAGAUGGUGUAGACACUGAACUUCUUGUAGAUGUGAUGACCUUAUUAAACAAGACCUUAACAAAUCUACCAGAUCAGGAUUCCUUCUAUGAUGUGGUGGACUGUCUAGAAGAACUUGGCAUGGGAGUAAUUUCCAACAGACACUUGAACAAAAAAGGAACAGAUUUGGACCUAGUUGAUCAGUUUAACAUUUAUGAGAUGACAUUGAAACAUGAAGAUGGUGAUGAAAAUGUACCUGCUGUUCUAAAUAUCCGUAAAGACAGAAGAAAGUCUAACAGUACCUGUGGCUUGGUACGGAGGAGGAGUCUGAGGCAAUCACUUCAGAAUGUUAAAAACACUUCGCCAGUCCAUGCAAAUCCUAACAGCUUUUUAAGUCCAAAUUAUUUGUCACCUCAUGGACAGCAUGUAGAAAAAGAUAAUGGAAGAAGACAAGCACAUGUGGUAUCCAAUUCGUGUUAUGGCAGCCCUAGGUCACCUCAUCAGGAACCUAAGCACGACAGAUCAUUAUUAGGUGGCCUACUCACUUCUUCUUACCGUCAACACCAAGAAUCUUUAGCAUCAGAAAGAGAAAGAAGGCGCCAGGAAAGAGAAGAGAGACUGCAAAGGAUAGAACGGGAAGAAAGAAACAAGUUUAACCGAGAUUAUUUAGACAAAAGAGAAGAACAAAGACAUGCAAGGGAAGAAAGAUACAAAAACGUUGAAAAACAAGCAGCUGAAGAAUAUGCAAAGGAAAUAAAAAAUAGGACCAUAUACAAAGAAAGAAGUAAGCCCUGUUUUGAUGUGGAUAUCCCAGAAUCAGAACCAACCUCCACAGAUUUUACCAAAGAUACUUGUGUAACUUCCAUAGAGGUUCCCUGUGAAAGUCCCUGUGAUGAUUUUGUUACCAGUUCUUCCACUUCUGAUGCCAAGAGUGAAGAGGAAUGUGAACAAGAAUCAAUAAGGGAAAAUCAGAAGGAGUAUGAAUGUGAAAUAAAAGAAGAAGAAUUAGAACAAGUUGAACAAAUAAAGACUGUGGAUGAUGAGCCUGAACUAGAUCACGUGCAGUACACAGAAGAUCAUCCAAUGUUAAGUGAAAAAGAAAAGCAUAAUGAAGAAUCUAAUGAAAAGGAUAAUUGUUCUGCAUCCAGUAUUUCUUCUACAAGUAGCACUUUAGAAAGAGAGGAAAAGGGAGAGAAAAAUUGUGAAAAUGAAACAGAUGUAUGGUCAGAUACCAAAGAGAUAGAUGACCAGUGUGUCACAAUACUUGAUAAUAAAAGAUUUAUGCUUGACAUGUUGUAUUCCAAUACAAGGGAAUCUGGGGACGAAGACAAAGAGACAGAGGAUGAAGAGAAAGAAAAGAAAGUCGAAGUUGAAAAUGAAAAUGAAAAGUUAAUUUAUAAUAUUGCUGAUAGGAUUUCAAUCUUACAACUUGAUGAAAAUAUAAAGAAUAUUGAGGACAGUUUGGAGAGCCAGAUAUGUGGGAAAAACUACAUACAAUCAAACAGCUUGGAGGAUAGUGAAAAGAUUUUAGAGAAAUCAGUGCAAGCAAGAAGAGAAACUGAUCAUAUAUGGGAUCAACUAAUAGCUGAACCAAAAGAACUUAGAAUAAAAGAUAUGGAUUUUACAGAUCUGGGUGAUGAGGAUGAUAUAGAUGUUUUAAAUGUAGAUCUGGAUUCCAAAGAUUCAACAGCAGUUCCACCACCUCCGCCACCACCAAUGAGUUUUAUGGGUAUGCUUCCUCCACCACCCCCACCUAUUUCAGGGUGCUUUGAUAUGAUGCCACCUAGUAUACUUCCUCCUCCCCUACCUUUUGCUAAUCUUCAAGGUUGUUUUUCACCAAAGCUUUCAAGAAAUGAAACAGUUUUUAUGAAAAAGAAGAAAACUAUACGCCUCUUUUGGGAUGAAGUUCGGCCAUUUGGAUUUAAUUCAUUCCGCCACAAGCGUUACAAGGAUUGUUUAUGGUCCAAACUGGAGCCUGUAAAACUGGAUACAUCAAAACUAGAGUAUCUUUUUGAAUCCAAAUCAAAGGAGUUACCCGUAACUAAGAAAUCGGCAGCUGAUGGAAAAAGACAGGAGAUCAUUGUCUUAGAUUCUAAAAGGAGCAAUGCAAUAAAUAUUGGACUUACAGUUUUACCUCCUCCAAGGACUAUUAAGAUGGCAAUUUUGAAUUUUGAUGAAUAUGCACUUAACAAGGAAGGGAUAGAUAAACUGCUAACAAUGAUACCCACAGAAGAGGAGAAACAAAAGAUACAGGAAGCUCAGUUAUCAAACCCUGAUAUCCCCUUGGGCAGCGCUGAGCAGUUUCUUCUUACGCUGUCGUCUGUAAGUGAGCUCUCUGCUAGACUUCAUCUGUGGGCUUUCAAAAUGGAUUAUGAGCUGGCGGAAAAGGAGAUAGCCGAGCCACUUUUUGACCUGAAAGAAGGAAUGGACCAGUUAGAGAACAACAAGACGUUGAUAUAUAUUCUUUCAACCUUGCUUGCCAUUGGAAAUUUCCUUAAUGGAACAAAUGCCAAAGCAUUUGAUCUCAACUAUCUUCAAAAAGCACCUGAAGUGAAGGAUACGGUGCAUAAGCAAUCUUUGUUAUACCAUUUAAGUGCUAUUGUUAUGGAAAAGUUUCCAGACAGCACAGAUCUUUAUUCAGAAAUUGGGGCAAUUACGAGGUCAGCCAAGGUUGACUUUGAACAACUUCAGGAUAAUCUCCAUAAUCUAGAAAGAAAAUGCAAAGCAUCAUGGGACUACUUGAAAAUUAUAGCAAAACAUGAGAUUACUACAGCCUUAAAACAGAAAAUGACAGAUUUUCUGAAGGACUGUGCUGAACGAAUCUUAAUACUUAAAAUUGUUCACAAAAGAAUAAUUAACAGGUUCCAUUCAUUCUUGCUAUUUAUGGGACAUCCAUCACACGCAAUUCAUGAAGUAAAUAUACACAAGUUUUGCAAAACCAUUGCCGAAUUUGCUUUAGAAUAUCGUACUUCAAGGGAUCGUGUUUUACAACAAAAACAGAAAUGGACAAACUGCCGGGAAAGAAACAGGACAAGAGGGAAAAUGAUCACAGAUACUGAUGAUGAAGAUGAAGCUGAGAAUGGGAGCAUCACAGCAAACCAAUCCAAUCAAAAGCAAACAGGCAACCACACACAUUUACAAGUUGCCCAAGGUUUACAAUAUGCUGAAGAUGCAGCCGAGCACGAAAACAUGAUGGCUAUGUUAAAAACGACAUCAGUACGAGGAGACAUGUCGCCUGCUUUACGAUCAAGAAAUCGAAGUAACAGGAGUCGACUUGGUUCAAGUAGCACUGGAAAUACAAGCUCAUCUAGUGUAGCUGCAGAUGAAAUCUUGGAUCAAAUUGUGGAGUCUGCUACUCAAGUGCCAAACCAAAGAGCAUUGGCUCGAGAAAGGAGGCGAUCACGAGCAAACAGGAAGACAUUAAGAAGAACAUUAAAAAGUGGACUGACACCGGAGGAAGCCAUAUCGUUAGGACUUAUAAGCACUUCUGAAAUGCAAAUCUGAAUAUUUAAAUAAAAGACUGGAAACCAAACACCUUUAUUGUGAUUAAUUUACAUAUUUGAAGAUGUGUGUUUAUGUUCAUUUGUUUUUUUUCUCUUGCACUUUUUGUAAGCCAAAGAAUGAACUGUUUCACCACAACAGGAAACAACAUUGAAAUCCCUAGCAAUGCAAUUUGUUAUAUUUUAUUUAUUGCUUGAUUUAUUUAUUUUAGUUUUCCUUUUAGGCAGACUUUUGCUGUAAAAAAAUAAAUAAAUACUUUUCACUCUUUUAAAUGUCACAUGGCAUGAUGUAAGAUAA